AUGGGAAUAUUUGAUAAAUUAGCUGGAAUAUUAAAAUUAAAAAAAGAACAAGUUACUAUAUUAAUUGUUGGAUUGAAUAAUAGUGGAAAAUCAACAAUAAUAAAUCAUUUUAAAAGUCCAGAUGAAAAAUCAGCUAUAACAAUACCAACAGUUGGAUUUAGUGUUGAAAAAUUUCAGAAUCAAGGAGUUUCUUUUACGGCUUUUGAUAUGUCAGGUGCCGGAAGAUAUAGAAGUUUAUGGGAACAUCAUUUUAAAACGUGCCAGGGAAUUGUUUUCGUAAUUGAUUCAAGUGAUCGGAUGCGUUUAGUUGUUGUUAAAGAUGAACUGGAAAUUUUACUACAACAUCCUGAUAUAAUAAACAGAAAACUUCCAAUUUUAUUUUUUGCAAAUAAAAUGGAUUGUUGUGAUGCAUUAUCAAGUGUUAAAAUAGCAUCUGCACUUAGUUUAGAAGUUAUUUAUGAUAAACCAUGGCAUAUCAGUUCAAGUAAUGCAUUAACAGGUGAAGGUUUAGAAGAUGGUGUACAAUGGUUAAUUGAACAAGUUCGAAUUUGUGUUUCAGAAGCAAAAGGAAAUUAUCGCAAUAAAAAUACGGCAGCAAAAGUUGAACAAUAAAUAAUUGUACAUAUAUAAUUUUAUGAUUUAUUUAAAUGAUGUUUUAUUUUGUUGAGGAAAUGGUUUUUGAAAAAUGUUUAAAAUAAAAAUUAUAUUUUAAAUA